AUGUUGUGGUCGUCAACCGUCGUCCUCAGUCUCCUACACCUCUGUCUCUCCAAACCCCUUGUCAGACGCUGGGACGACCUUGCUGAUAAACAUUCCUGGGCUGACAUUCCUAAAGGAUGGGAUUUUGAUUCACCUGCACCCGCGAAUUAUGUCUUCGACUUACGCAUUGGUGUCAAGCAAGCUGGCAUGGAGGACCUCAUUGCAAACUUGAUGGAAAUCAGUGACCCUGGUCAUGGAAGGUAUGCCCAGCACUUGACAAAGGAAGAAGUAGAAGCCUUUGCGAAACCUCACCCGGAUUCUACGGAGGCUGUAAGUUCCUGGCUCGAGCACCACGCCAUCGAAAAAUCUAAGGUUGCGCACGUCAGUGGAGGUGGCGAUUGGGUCACAGUCCGCGUCUCAGUAGCUCAGGCCGAACGAAUGCUUGGAACCAAGUACAACGUCUACCAUCACCCUGCUUCAGGUCAGCGCGUCGUCCGAACCAUGGGUUAUUCCUUGCCUCGCGAACUUCAUUCUCACAUCGACGUCGUCGCACCCACGACAUAUUUUGGAACUAUCCACAGCAUGCGGGCGACCAGCUUCUUGCAACCUGACAUUAUACCUGUUUCAAACGCUGUGAACGCUGUCGUGCCUUCUAGUUGCUCGUCCACGAUAACCCCGACUUGCCUGAGAGACUUAUACAAUACUUCCACCUACAUACCCGCUGCUACCAACGUCAACAAGCUUGGCGUUGCGGGUUACCUUGGAGAGUUUGCGUCGACUUCGGAUCUUCAGACCUUCUUCUCUAAAUUCCGGCCUGAAGCGAAAGGCUCGAGCUUCUCCAUUGAGCAAGUUAACGGUGGAGGAAACGAUCAAAACUCGCCUGGUGUCGAGGCCAAUCUCGAUAUUCAGUACACUAUAGGAAUGUCUUUCCCUACGCCGAACAUUUACUAUAGCACUGGUGGAUCUCCUCCUUUCAACCCCGAUUCGCAGACCCCAACGAACACUAAUGAGCCUUAUCUCGACUGGCUCAACUUCAUUCUGGCACAGAAAACCAUUCCACAAGUCAUCACGACAUCCUACGGUGACGACGAGCAAACGGUUCCAAAAGAUUACGCCGUCAAAGUCUGCAAUAUGUUUGCUCAACUCGGCUCGCUUGGGACUACAGUUUUCUUCUCCAGUGGUGAUUUUGGUGUUGGCGGUGGUGACUGUAAGACAAACGAUGGGAAGAACCGAGUUCUUUUCCAGCCCGCCUUCCCAGCUUCAUGUCCAUUUGUGACCGCUGUAGGUGGCACUACUAAGGUUAACCCCGAGGUUGCUGUUAGCUUUUCCGGUGGUGGUUUCUCCCAAUACUUCACUCAGCCGAGCUACCAAACCCCAGCUGUGUCAGCUUUCUUGUCAGGGCUUGGUAUCAAGUUUACUGGAAUGUUCAACCAAACCGGACGCGCGUACCCAGACCUUGCAGCCCAAGGAAGUGGGUUCCAGGUAGUCGUUAGUGGCCGAACCACCUCCGUUGGAGGGACCAGCGCCAGCUCCCCCACGGUCGCGGGGGUGUUCUCCCUUCUGAACGACUUCCGUUUAUCCAAGGGUAAAACUUCUUUGGGGUUCAUCAACCCCCUCAUCUACUCGACCGCCGCAAAAGGGUUCAACGAUAUCACUUCCGGCUCCAAUCCAGGUUGUGGAACCGCUGGAUUUACUGCUGUCAAGGGCUGGGAUCCUGUCACCGGACUCGGUACUCCAGACUUCGGGAAAUUGCAAACUAUGGUGUAGACACCGAAGAGAGAGACCAAGAAAACGAGUGCUUGAAGUUUACAGUUCGUUCAACGUGAAUCACUUC